AUGCCAGCGUCACAGGCUAGUUGCCAUACAUGGAAGGAUGUGCAGCGCGAUGGACAGUUGAUGUUGAUUAAGACAAUUGCAUCUUGCUCGAUCAAGUCGUUUGAGGCAUGCAGUUGUGUCCGCGGCUCUCUUCGUCACGUCAACGACAUUAAUCCGACGCUACGAGGAUAUUCUUCCGCGCUCUCUUGCAGCUCGGCCAAUCUGUCGCUUGCAAUGGCCGACACCACAACGCAUGCGUUGCUCCCAUGCUGCUUGAUCCUGGCACCUGCACUCCAACUGUUUAGUAACAAAGUUCUCCAUAUUUAG